AUGUCGACGCUCUCCUAUCAGCGGCAGUACCAGCAGAUCCUGGCGGAUCUGGCCGAGGUACAGCGCGAGGAUGUGUACGUGAGCGCCCUGCGCGUCCCUAUGGACGCCAAAGCACGGCAUGCGUACUACGUGCAGUACUGGCUUUCUCUCUACGUGCGGUACGUGCGGCUGGCGCGGCAAAUUGCCGUCAUCCAUGAUACGGAACUUCAGCCACAGCGUCGUGGUGAUGUGCGGACACUACUGGACAGCUGUCUUGGACGCAUGCUCGAGGCGCGCCAUAAUAUUGUUGAGCACUGCGGCGACUAUGUGGCGCUGGACGACACGCUGGAAGAGAUGAAGCUGUCCCCAGAGGAUCUGGAGCCGCCGCUGCCAACGUACCUGCUUGAGGAUCGCCGCGAAGCUCUGCUGCAGGAGCGGGCGUACGUCCUGUCUCUGCAGCAGCACUACAAGGAAACGGAGCCUGAGGUGGCCCCAGUGGCGCUCGCGGCAGCCGCGCACAGUGCGGCGCUUUUCGCUGAGGACCCCACCAAAGCUCUGCCACCGUUUCCCACCACUGUGGAGAAGGCAGCGACGACGGCAGAUGGCGACUCGGCGCCCAUGUCUGUCCAGGAGGCUGUGCGCAUCCUCCAACUCGCUGAGCGUGGUCGUCAGGCUCGGCAGCGGGCAAAGAUCCACCUGCAGCUCUUCCGCCAGCAGCAGUACGCCGCCGCGCAUGGGUCAGAGCUGCAGUCUCUGACGGGCAAGGAUCGUGCGGCGACCAUUGUACAGAAGGUGGCUCUUGGCUACCUUGAGCAGAAGCGUGCCAGGGUGCGGUACCAGCAGGAGCAGGAGUUGCUGGGGAUGACCAGCACGGCGGCUAUUCGCAGUAAUGCGGCACGAGUUGCUACCAGCGUUCACCACGACGAUCGAAAGGCGCGGCAGCGAGUGAACCAGGCGGAGCUGUUGCAGAAGACGCUGGAGAUGAGCCGCCAGUUGAAGAGCCAGGAGGGGCCCAAAACGCUUGAGGUGAUGCUCGACGAAGUGUUGAUGCACAUGGCCUAUGCGCGCCUCGAUGGGAAGGCAAAAGACGGCAUUAUGGACGUUCCAACAGCGGAGGACGGAGGCACAUUGGCACUGCUCGGCCGCAGCACUCGCAAGGCUGGCUCGGCUGGCGUGUCUGUCGGAGUGGAGCCGAGCGGCAGUGGGAAGGCAAGCCUUAACGGGACGGGUUACAGUAGCCGCUCGGUAUCUCGUGUGUCCGGAGGUGUCGCAGGCACGACUGCUAGUACGCAGGACUACCCACGUAAAUCCUUGCGCCGCCCAGGCGAUGGCGAUGCCGCUGCUUCCGCCUCGACAGCUGCACCGCCCAGCGUCUUCCUUGAUCACGUCUCCGCCACAACAGAGCGGCACAACGCGCUCUGGAAGGAGAAGUUUCACUGCACCCGCGUCGAGAAGGACGACCUGGACCAGCCCUAUGACGAAGCUUUGCUGAGGCGGGAGCUGGUGGAUGGCCCCCGCGGCAUUAUGCAGGACCUGCGCCAGUGCGUGGACCAGCUUGUGAUGAUGGAGGUGAACAACCUCAAGGAACGUCUCGAGGUGGAGAAGAGCGCUGGCAAGAGGAAGAAGGGCGGCCGAAAGGGUAAGAAGGCGAAGGCUGCCAAAAAGCCGAAGCUGCGCGACCCGACCAAGGGCGAAGAUUUGGACUCCUGCCUCAACACCACCGUGUACGAGAACAAGCUGCAGCUGCCGCCGCCGGAUGUGCGGCUUUCGUCCUUUGUCGGUCCCCUUGGCGUCUCGGCCGGGCCGCUGGAUCGCCUGCUGCGCACGCAGACCGUUGACAAGGAGCUUGAGAAGAAGUGGAAGCGUGUGCUGCGCGGGUGGAACGACGACGUGCAACGGGCGAUCGGGAUGCCGAAGGAGAAGAUGGAGACCCUCUUCAAGGCACACGUGCAGCAGUCCUCGUGGCUCAAGGACCCGUCUGCCGCCGAGGUGCGCGCCGCCGUCACCGACUACGCGGUGCUGCCUCUGGGGUCGCAGGUGGUGCACGACUUGGCGCCGCACCCGACGGGGCUGCUGCUCUACGGUGCACCCGGCUCUGGAAAGACCCUCCUCGCCUAUGCCAUCGCCAACGAGAGUGGUGCUCGCUUCUUCAAUCUGUCACCUGCUAACUUCCUCACCACCAAGGGUGUUGCCAAGGUGGUGCAGGUUGUCUUCUACACGGCACGCAUGAAGGGGCCAUCGGUGAUCUACCUUGACCACAUCGAGAAGAUCUUUCCUGGGAAGGCCGGCAGGCGAGGGACGAAGAAGGACGGCGAGCUGACGCGUGGAAAAAAGUUGAAGAAGGAGCUGCUCAAGGGCAUCGCAAGUCUGCAGCCAACAGAUCGUGUUUUAGUAGUGGCCACGUCGACGGAGCCGUGGUGUGCCGACACCGCCGCCCUGUGCAAAAUCGUUCAGCGCGCCGUGCACCUCGCCGCCCCGGACUUUGCGACCCGUGAGGCGCUGCUAAGAACCUUCAUCAAGGCGCGGCUGGAUACGGUUCACUCCACCGCCAUCACCCCUGCAGCAGAGGCAUCCAUCGCAGAAGCCAUCCACCAAGUCUCCCUGCUCACGGAUGGCUUCUCCGCUGGCCAGCUGCGCGACUGCGUCACGCAGACGCUCACCGCCCACCGAAUGGAGCGGCUGGCCCAUAACCCGAUCGCAGCUGAGGAAUUCGUCCCUGCGCUGGCCGUCACGGCCGGACUGAACGCUGCCCAAGUGCAGCGUUACCACGAUUUCCAAGCGUCGCUGCCGGUGAUGAUGCGGCGGGCCAACGCCGUUGAGGACUUUAAGCCAUCUGAGGAUGAAGCGAAGCGCCGCUGA